AUGCUCCGGUCCAGCGAGUGGGGAGAGGUGUCCUCCACGCGAGGACCCUUGGCUGGUGAACGGAUACGAGGUGAUCUUGCUCAACCACUUCCUUUCAGAGAUGGUGUCUUCGAUUUGUGCUUCAGCGUCUCAGCCGUGCACUACUUGGUCCAAGAUUCCCUGGCGCGCACCGCCGCGGAGCGGAUCAGCGCCUUGACCAGCAGCCUGCGGAAGAUCUUGACGCAGACAGCCCGCCCAUGCACGCUGCAAGCUUACCUGACGAGGGAUUCCAAUGCCGUUGAGAGCUUCCGCCAAGUCGCUUUGCGGGAUGGAUGGGGUCUUUGCGAGCUGGUGGUUGAUCAAUCCCAUGGGCAGAAGGCAGAGAGAGACUUUUUAUAUCUCUCACAACAAGCAGAAGAUCGCCCACCUCGAUGUGUGCUUUAUGAACAUGCCCAAGCUACUUGCGCGUUGGCUUUGGAAUCCUGGACGUAUAGAACUGGAGCUCCGCAUCCAGUUCGUUUAGAUGCUGCACAUCGCGCCUGGCUAGUUCGUGAGCACGACCGGUAUGCAAGGCGAAUGCUACGCUUGCACAAGAGAUGUGAGACCGGCGGCAGUUUGGAUCACUCGGCACCUUUGGGCCCGGAAGCCCAAACCCUGGCCGACCGCUUGGCCGCCGUGGAAAGCACUGAGGAUGAGGAGGCACGCCUCUCAAUGAUCUUGAAUGUGCUACACACAUGA